UGGAACGUUGAUUUGAUUCCGAAUUGUCAGCUGCAGCUGCAUGCAAUGCUUGAAAUUGAAAGUGGAAAGUAAAUUCAAAUUGGAGAAAUGGACGCUAAACAACAACAAUCGACGAUGCGACAUUGUCCGUUUUCUCCUGGAACGAUUGGAUUGUCGGCCGACCAUCAACAUUAUGAACAAGAUGAAUGGUUGUUCGAGACGAAUCGAUCACAUAUAUUGAACUCCAAGUGUACAUCAUCGUUUGUGUGCAACAAGACACGUGCGUCGAUGAUGAAGAUGGCCGGUGAUGAUCAAUCAAAGAAUGAUGCUGACCAACAACAACAACAACAACAUCAAUCAACAGGUACACCGCGAAAAUCGGUGGCUGAAUAUUUGGACCUGAAACGUCGUGUCUAUUAUGAACGUAGUCUAUGUGAUUAUUGUAAAUACGAUCUCAUCUUAUCGAUGGCCCAUCUGCCCGACAUGACAUACGCAUCGAAUCAUCUUCGUUUGGUGCAUAAACAAUCCGGGUUGGUAAUCGAAUUCAAUGCAUUGGAUGCUCUCGCUCCAAUCGUGAUCAAAUCGUAUGGACUACCAGUGGGUCUGAAAGUUUCAGCAUCAGAAGCAUGGCUUCGCGCCAGAAUGAACUGUGAAUACACGCAGAAUGUCUGCAAUGCUGAUUUCGAUUGGACAUUCUCCACCGAUUAUUCGGGUACGAUUCGUCUGCAUUCGUUGGAUAAAUCAUCAUCACCAAUGGAGGCAAAAGAACUCCGGGAAGACGAGCCACCGCUGUCGGAAUGGAUCAUCCAGCCGACCGACGAACGUAUCGAUUUGGAGAAGCUGAAAAUUCACAAACAAAUCAACUUUUUCGAUGAGAUUGAAUUGUUUGAAGAUGAAUUGGCCGAUCACGGUGUCGCCCAGUGUUCGGUGAAGAUUCGUGUGCAUCCAGAUUGUUUUUACAUUCUAUGUCGAUUCUUUCUUCGUGUCGAUCGAGUGUUUGUUCGUUAUUUCGACACCCGUCUCUAUCAUGAAUUCGGCAGUGAGUAUUUGCUUCGAGAACGAAGUCAACAUGAAUCUACGGUUGCCGAUCUCAAUCUACCUGUCCAUACAGCUCAGGCAUUGUUGAUUCAUCCGCAGGAAUUGUUUGGUCACGUGCCCGUCAAAAAUUUGCUGGUCGAAAAAAUUCAUUUAUCACAGAUCAAAUUGAAUUGAUUAAUGAUUGAUUGUUGGUGAAUUUUUUUUUUAUUCCAUUUUAUUAUUGUAAUUAAAUGUAAUACAGAAAUGACAAUUUUAUGAGUUUAAAUUAAUGUGACUUUAUCAUGA